UUUUAAAUUCAUUUUUAAAUGACGAAAACGAUUAGAUGGGAAGCUCUGGACCUUUCGCGAUUGGAGGAGCUGCCCGUGGUGGCGGUGCAUUUUGGACGCUUCUGUUGAGACCUCCUCCACUUCCUCCUCCACUCUCCUCUCGCCGGCGAUCUUUUGACCUUCUUUUUUCCGGUCACGAUCUUCCUCUCUUUUGUUAGCUGGAUGGUGACCACUGAUUACAUGACCGUCAACGGCAAUGCUUUUAGCAAGAUGGCAGACGAUUACAUCAGGAGGCACCAUGUGCACGACGUCAAAGACCACCAGUGUAGCUCCUCUCUCGUUAAACACGUAAAAGCUCCAGUUCAUCUUGUGUGGUCACUGGUUAGAAGAUUUGAUCAACCGCAGAGGUAUAAGCCGUUUGUUAGCAGGUGCAUUGUGCAGGGAGACCUUCAGAUUGGAAGUGUUAGGGAGGUGAAUGUUAAGUCAGGACUUCCAGCUACCACUAGCACUGAACGAUUGGAGGUACUAGAUGAUGAGGAGCAUAUAUUUAGGAUGACCAUUGUUGGGGGAGAUCAUCGGCUUAAGAACUACUCUUCCAUCAUUACUGUCCAUUCAGAGGUCAUUGAUGGGAGACCUGGGACGAUGGUCAUCGAGUCAUUUGUUGUUGAUGUGCCGGAUGGGAACACCAAGGACGAAACAUGUUACUUUGUUGAGGCUCUAAUCAAAUGCAACCUGAAGUCACUGGCUGAUGUGUCGGAGCGUUUGGCCGUGCAAGACCGAACUGAGCUCAUAGACAGAGUCUGAUGUAUGUGGGGCAGACUUCUAGUGCAAUGGUUUCUGUCUAUGCAAGUGGAAAAUGUAAGGUUUCUGGUGUCAGAAGCAGAUGGAGAGUUUUGCAUCCUAGAGGCAAAGUCAUCUUUACUUUUUCUUGAUACUUUAUGUUACUCCCUUCCAUUAUUUGGAUAUGUUGUCUAUAGUAACUGACAGUUAAGUUCAUCGAUGGUCACAUGUUUCCUAAAUGCAACAAGAAAUUCAAUUCUCUUUGUUAUUUA